AUGCGUUCUCAUGUCUUCAUUCUUCUACUCCUGUUUGCUAUAGCUCUCCGGGAAAUCGAGUCUCUUUCCUCAUUGUUUGAGGAAAAAGUCAAUGGUCCGGGUCCAGGAAUCUGUUCAAUGUAUGACGUCUGCGACCCCGGUCGGCGCCUCAAUUGCGCGGGAUAUAAAAAGGCGCCCAUUUUGUCUGAUGCAAAAACACUCGCCUCAAUCAAAGAAUGGUGUGGAAUUGACAUAGUCAAUGACCAUAAGGGUCAUUCGUGCGUCAGUCCUUCGCAGUGGUCUGUGAUUGAAGCGGGAUUAAAGUUUGCACGGCCUCUUCUUUCUCCUUGCCCUGCCUGUUGGAAGAACUUUAUCUCUUUAUGGUGUGAAAUGUCAGUAUCGCCACACCAGUCCCUAUAUGUGCGCGUUAUAGAAACUUCUAAGGCCUCUGGGAGGUGGGGAAAGCCCGUAGCGACUGCGCUUAAUUAUUAUGUGACACCCACCUUACGACAAGGACUCUUUGACUCGUGCGCUAAUGUCUCAAUGGGAAUGACUAAUAAGAAAAUCUUAGAUGUAAUGUUUUCCGCAGAGGCCUCCAGGAAUCCAGAUGUGCUCUUUGAGAUGCUUGGAAAGAACUCCACGAUGCGAUCUCCAUUUCUGAUCCGGUUCCCUCACUUUGAAGCCGAUUCCUUGGAAGAGGAGAUGCUGCAAACUUAUACCGGCUCAACUAGCCCCUCUCUAACAAUGAAAGGAAAUCAGGCAUGGUCCACUCCAGUUCCUGCUGAUGUUUGGCCGUUGAAUACGACCAUGUUUCCCUGUGACGACCCUGUAUAUGGCUGUGUCUGUGUAGAUUGCCAUCGCAAGUGCCCAGCUCCUGCAAACUGGGUCACGUGGGCCCCUGCACCCUGUACCUUGUCCCUGCCGCUUAUUGGACGCAGCGGAUGCUGGACUUUUGCGGUCUCCAUUGUAUAUUUCUUUGCGAUCAUUGUCCUUUCUAUUAUUUUGGCCGUUAAGCUCUUUUUUCUGGCGCGCCAAAACUACGAAGAAGAUCUUGAAAGAAACCACGCCCAUCAAUCUGCCCAAGGCGGUGAUCCUUCAUCUUGUCGUCUUUACAAGUACGGAGUGGAAGACUUGAUCGCAAAAAAAUUUUACGCCCAGGGCAAAUGGGUCACUAUGCACAUCCCUCAAGUGUUGUUAACAGCAUCUGCUUUUGUUAUCAUUUCAAUUUUGGUGUUAAUUGCUACAAAGGGGCUCCAGAUUGAGCGCGACCCUGUAAAGCUUUGGGUGGGCCCUCAUUCCCAGUCUGCGUUGCAAAAGCAGUUUUAUGACGAAAAAUUUGGUGCCUUUUUCCGCGUCGCUCAAGUCAUCAUUCGACCAAAAGUGGACAUUAACGGUGCCGUAACCCGUGAAGCUAUCACUCUCAUUUUUGAUUUAAUAGAAGAAUUGCGGCACAUGAAAGUUCUUCAGAAUAUAACCACCGAUGGCAACAUUGACAUGGACAUCAAAGCCUUUAAAAAUGGGGUCUCGCUAGAGGACAUUUGCUACAAACCACUGGGGCGCGAAUGCUUGAUCCAGAGCGUGGCACUAAUUUGGCCCACACGUGAAGCUUUUGAGGCUACCGGCGAUGCCUGGGCGUUUGAUUUUGACACAUGCAUGCGCUCACCCACAGAUUGUCUUGGCUUUGACGGAAAUGACCAGAAUCUUCGCGUACCUUUGAUGCCAGAAUUAGUAGUUGGAGGAAUCCCUCUCAAGUACAAAAAGCUGCCUGCUGGUGCUGGGGGCCGACCUGCUCCACUUCCUAUAGAUCCUGAGUCGUGGAUAGAAGCUAAAUCCCUUGUUAUUACCCUGCUACUUGACCCAAAGGAUGAGAAUCAGCAUGCUGCUUGUAUAGAAUGGGAGCGCGCCUUUAUCGAAACUUUACGGCGGUUCGAGAAAAUGCACACUGAUUUUACCUGGGCAUUUUCUGCAGAGUCUUCUGUAGAAUGGGAAAUUAAUCGCGAGACAGAAGCCAAUGCCCCAGUUAUUCUCAUCUCAUAUCUGGCAAUGUUUGUUUACGUGGCUCUUGCUCUCGGACGCCACUCCAGGAGGAAACGAAAGCAAAAUACAUCAGAACAAAAGAAAGAGGAAUCAUCAUCAUCAUCAUCAUCACCCUGGUUUAGUGGCUGGCCUUCAUUAGUCGAUAUGCGAUGCACACUUGCGCUCGGUGGCGUACUGCUGGUGGCUGUCUCCAUUCUGUUUUCCGCAGCCAUAUUCACGCUUCUACAAAUCAAAACCACGUUGAUUAUCGCAGAGGUGAUUCCAUUUCUCGUGUUAGCUGUCGGUGUGGACAAUCUCUUUUUACUGGUGCAGGCCUACGAGUCUACAGGGACCGUUGAACCAGCAGAAAUCUCAAAAUCAAGUACAUGCAGUUUCAUGGAGGACAAAAAAGACCCUGCGAUUGAUGCAAAAAUGGAGUCCACACUGAAUAACGUCGCCCCCCCUUCUGUGGAAGAGCGUGUGGCAUUAACGUUACGCAGGUCUGGACCAUCUAUUUUGGUGACCGAGCUUGCAGAGUUACUUGCUUUUCUCAUCGGCUGCAACGUGGAGAUGCCUGCAGUUGCCUCUUUUUCUAUGUACGCUGUGCUUGCUAUUGCCUUUGAUAUUUGUCUACAAAUGACAGUAUUUACCGUCUUUUUAACUCUCGAUGGCCGCCGGAUAGCUGCGGGGAGACCCGAUCCAAUUGCUGGGGCUCUCAGCCGUGCCUUCAAGGCUGUUUGGACGUGGCUAUGCCCCAUUUUGAUACGGCUUAAAACUCGCUUUUCUACUUUAUGGGCUUCUGAUACCAUGUCUUCUGAUCUCAGCCCUCAAAUUGCUAAAGAUACACAGGAAAUCGAAAGCACACAGGCUGUUAAAUCGAUUCGAUGGCCCUUUGGUAGCAUAUCUCAUGCUUUAGCGCGAAACCGUCGCGUACAAACUGCUGUAUUGCUAUUUUAUUCAGUAUUGCUUUUCUUUUCACUGUUGGGAAUCGGUCGAAUUAGGCUUGGGUUGGAACAGCGACUAGCUGUGCCUUCUGACUCUUAUCUUGUCCCAUAUUUUGAUGCUUUGGAGACCGAAUUGCUGGUCGGCCCCCCGCUCUUUUUUGUGCUCCGAAACGCAGAUGUGGCUGGGAGCACAUCGAUUCAACGCUCAAUUGCCACCCGAUUCUAUCAAGAUAUCAUGGAUGAAUUAUCCAUUGGAUCUAUCGUUGAGGUCAAUAAGGGUGAGCCCGGCUCAUACCUUUCCUCUGGAAUUUCUAACUGGUUUGACGAUUUUUUGGCAUGGUCGCGGCAUUGUUGUCGGAUUGAUCCCGUAACGGGCGACAGAUCCAGUUCACCUAGCGCCGUGCCUUGUAUUUCGGAACAGAAACGGACACUGACGCAACUUGCCCUCAAUUCAGAAACCAUUGGCCGUUUUUUGCCGUGGUUUUUGGAGGAAAUGCCGUCAGCACAGUGUCCUUUUGCCGGAGGCGCUGCCUAUGCCAACCAGGUGCGUCUAAAAGGCAGUGUCUCCGCCUUCAAGGCUUAUUUGCAACCGCUGCGCUCACAGGAAGAUUUCAUUGCGUCGUUACGGGCAUCGAGGCGUAUUGCCGGAAUGCUUACGACUGCCAUCCAGAAGGCGGCAAAGGUCACGGCGAAUGGAGUUCCACCUGAAAUGGACUCGGGAUCACUUCCCGAAAUCUUUGCUUUCUCACCGUACUUUGUCUUUUUUGACCAGUACCUCGAAAUCAUCUGGAUCUCUAUCUUGCUCUGCACCCUGUGUUUGCUCGUCAUUCUUGUGGUGACAUGGGCUCUUCUCGGCUCAUUUGAGGCGGCAUUAUUUUCCGCCUUGAGUGUAUGUUCGACGGCCGUUUCACUUUUCGGCGUUAUGGGUUGGUGGUCGAUUGGUCUCUCCGCAGUUUCACUGGUCAAUGUGAUCAUUGCUAUGGGUAUUUCGGUAGAAUUCUCCUCUAACAUGAUUCGUGCGUACAUGGUUGUCCUUGAUGCCGAAGAGACUGAGGAGUCCGCAUAUUCUGGGUUUGAAAAAGAGCCGUCUUCAUGUUUACAUGGAGCUUCAUUCAACGCAUUGCCUUCGCGCAAAAAGCGCGUAGAGCUAAUGGUGGCCGAGACUGGCACUAGCGUUUUCUUUGGCAUCACCCUGACAAAGCUGAUCGGCAUUUCCAUUUUAUACUGGUCUACAUCCAAACUUUUCGAGGUGUUUUACUUUCGGAUGUACAUUGCCACGGUGGCAUUGGCAGCUUUCCAUGGGUUGGCCUUGCUGCCUGUGGUUCUGGCGCGUUGGGGUCCACAUUCUGCCCUCUCCCCGCCAAGCUAUAAAUAA